UGGGUCUCAGCUUUUUACCUGCAGGCAACUUGCUGAUUUGUAAUUUUUUUGUAGUAAAUUGUUUUUGUUUCUGCAUCCGCAAUUGCAAACAAACAAAACAAACGAAAUGACACCGGUUAAAGAUGGGUCAGGACCAGACCUCAUUGACAGGACAAUAAGAAUGAGAAGGGAGGAGCAAGCAAGGAAGGUGGUCUUGGCCUGGGGUGUGCUCAAUGUCUCCCUGGCGGGAAUGAUUUACACUGAAAUGACUGGAAAAAUGUUGAGCAAAUACUGUAACAUCACCUACUGGCCUCUUUGGUAUAUUGAGCUUGCCCUUGCCUCUUUGUUCAGCCUUAAUGCCUUGUUUGAUUUCUGGAGAUACUUCAAAUACACAGUGACUCCUUCCAGCUUUGUUGUGAGUCCUGACCAGCACAGACUACUUGGUCUCAGGCACUCAGGCAUACAGGCAUCUCCUCCGCAGAAGCCAGAAAACCAAGAGAAACCUUCCCCUACACAGUCCUCCCCCGUUCAAGGCCAGAGUGUGCUGAGUUACAGCCCCUCCCGGGCACCCAGCGCAAGUCCCAAGUUCUCCCCAGGUUGUAUAACAGGAUACAGCCCUCCUUUGCAAAGUCCUUCCCCCGCAGGCAGUGGCUCAUACUCCUCGUCUGUGGCCUAUUCAGCAAGCAACAGCUUUAGCAAGGUGGUGAGCUAUAGCCAAACUCCAGGUUCUCCUCCAUAUCCCAGCAGUAUUGGACCAGCAGAAGGCUCUAAUCUUCGGUCUCGCUAUCGCACUUCACCCACUGUGUUCAACUCUCCUGGUGGGAAAGAGGAUUACAUGGCAGACCUCAAAUCGCUGGAGAUGUUCCUGCGUUCUGAAGAAGAGAAAAGGCAUCGCAGCCAGCUCGGAAGUCCAGAGGCUGUUUCCCCUUCAAACAGUCCAACAUUCUGGAAUUACAGUCGCUCUGUGGGAGACUAUGCUCAGACCCUAAGGAAGUUUCAGUACCAGCUAGCCUGCAGGUCCCAGGCUCCUUCAGCAAACAAAGAUGAGACUGACCUGGGGUCCAAACAUGCUGCUGAAGAGGUCUGGGCCAGGGUUACAGUGAACCGUCAGCUGCUGGAUCGCAUUGAUUCCUGGACUGCCAAGCUCAGAAAUUGGAUUAAUGAGACUAUUCUGGUUCCUCUGGUGAAAGAGAUUGAUUCUGUGAAUACUCUCCUGCGGAGAAUGGGUUGCCCUGAACUGCAGACUGGAGAGGCCAGUAUUAGCAGUCUUAAACAAGCAGCCCUUGUCAAAGCAUCCUUGAUCCCAACAUUGAAUGCUAUUGUGCAGUAUCUGGAUAUCACAUCUAAUCAGGAAUAUCUGGUGGAACGAAUCAAAGACUUGGCGCAUGGUGGGUGUAUGAGCUCAUUUCGAUGGAAUGGAGGAGGUAAUUUGAAGGCAAGAAAAUGGGACACUGACCUGCCUACAGAUUCUGCAAUAAUUAUGCAUGUGUUGUGCACUUAUCUGGACUCGAGACUUCCUCCUCAUCCCAAAUACCCUGAUGGAAAAACAUUCACAUCCCAGCAUUUCAUACAAACGCCUGACAAACCAGAUAUGUCAAAUGAGAACCUGUUUUGCAUUCAUCAAAGUAGUAUUAACCCUCCACACUACCAACUCAUCUACCAGGGACACAUCUACAAUCUUCCAAAGGGUAGAAACAAUCUGUUCCAUACAGUCCUUAUGUUCUUGUUUGUUAUAAAGACCAAGGAAUCUGGAAUGUUAGGAAGGGCAAAUCUUGGCCUAUCUGGAGUAAACAUCCUGUGGAUAUUUGGUGACUAAUGUACUCUGUGUGCUGCUGUUCCUGAGUUUGUGUUAUUACUUGCCUAUAAUAGGUGGAUUAUAAUCUGGAUUAAUCGUAUGAGUUGUUCUUGAGAUCAUAAAGCAUAAAGAAUGCUGAUAAGUAGAAAUCAUAUCUGGGGUCAGUUUAAAGAUAAAGAACACUGGAGAUUUUCAAGAUUUUCUGAUGAAUUAAAAAAUGACCUCAAAAGCAUACAUUUGGAAAGAUCUAACUAGGGCUGGGACCAAAUCAAAACUUUGACAACCCGCUAAUCACACUUAACAAAACUGUAUUUAAUAGUGUGUUCUUUUUAUAAGUAGAAGAAAUAAGAUACAAAAAAAAUAAAACACUAUUAAAUACAGUUUUGUUAAGUGCGAUUAGCGGGUUGUCAAAGUUUUGAUUUGGUCCGGGCCUAGGUCUGAAGUAAAUGGUAGAACUAUAGUAGCACAUUAUUGCUUUAUAACAGGAUUUAUACCAAUGUAUAAUAUGCUGCAACCUACUGACUGGGCUAGAUUCACAAAGCUAUUUACUUAAAAUCACAUUUUUCAGAAAGGAAAAACACACAAACAGGAAAUAAAUAACUUACUUUAGGGGCUUGUAAGUAUUUGUAAUGUUAUGUUUUUCCUUUCAGAAAAAAAGUGUUAAGUAUUAUUGGUUCAUUGCUCUAAGACCGGUUACUUCCACAUGUAAAGACAUAAAUGAAAGGUUUUCUUACCAUUUUAAAUGUCACUUUUAUCCAAGAUUUCAAUGAAUUAAUGCUUCUCAGUAGUUAAAUAUUUGUAUAUAUGAAUGUAACUUUUUACACGCUACUGGUACUUAGUAUAUUUAUUGUAUAGUUCAAGUACACCCAUUUUCCUUAAGGAAUGAAGAGAAAUGUAACUAAACUUGAUUUGAAGAUAACCAUAGGUCUGCUGUCAAUUUAGACUUCUUUUUAAUAACAGAACUGUCAGUCUGAUCUGGGUUAAGAACAUUUAAAAGUGGGUGAUGUACUUGUUUUAAUAAAUGUCUUUUUUAUUUUUCCUUAAUAUUUUAAGGAAAGCUUCAUACAUUUAGCACUGACGGAAGCAGACUUUUCUACAGAACAAUAUCAGUUUUUUUUGUUUUCUAUAUGGAAACAUGGUACUUUCUCUAACUAAAACUCAAGUACUAUUGAACUUGAGCUGUUGGUUACAGUUUGUUUUCUUUUGAAGUUGUGUCUGUUUCAACAUAAAAAAUACAAGUCUGAUCACACCAACUACAAUACAUGGGAUGGGUUUGUUUGUUUGCUGGGUUAGUAUCAAAUAUAUUUAUUGCCACAGCAAGUGUAAACCACUUUGGAAAUCAAGUUCAGUGUGUGACUGAGAUGGGGAACGCUUGAAAACCUGUUCACUGCUUUGCAGUUUCUGGGUCCUGUUUUGUGGAGGUUUCUGGUUUAGUUCAUUCUAAAUAAUUUCAGAUACUGCCAUGAAAUUGUUUAAUCUUUGUGUGAACUUUGCUUUCAUUUUAUUAACAAAAUUGCAACUGAAAUAAACAAACAUACCUGCAUCAAACCUAUUUUUUUCUAUUCUUGGGAAUUUCUUAAAAAAAAAAAAAAAGAAA